AUGCCACCGUUACAAAAUAAUCGACAAUUUAUUCCAAUAAUGAUGAGUCAAGGAAAAAUGAAGCGAAAAUUAGAAGAUGAUAUAAAUUUAUCAAAUACAAAAAUACGUCGAAUUACUAUUAAAAAUGAACCUAAACAAUCAUUAAACAAUUUUUUAUUCUCUAUUUUAUUUGGACAUGUUACCGAUCAAUCAACUGUAAUGUAUUCAAAUUUUAUUUGUCAUAGUUUAUCACCAACUGAAGAAACAUUUAUAUUAGAUGCAAUAGCACGUUCUAGUCCUGAUUGUACAUUUUUUCAUGCUAAAUAA